AUGGAUAUACUUAGCAAUAGCCACUUUCAACCGUUUGUUAAAGAACACACCAUUCUAGUAGCCAAGGAAACCUGGAACAACUUUCGCCUUGCGAAACUCUCAGGAUUAACUGGUAUUGCUAUAAAAGAAACGCUUACGGCGCUAAGCAGCAGUAAUUGCACUUUUGCGGCAAUAACGUUCUUCAUUACAGAAGAAAAUCCACAACGCGGAGUAGCUUUGAAAAUAACUUCAAACUUCUCAAAGCAAUUGGAUUCAUUUCAUAUGCUGAGUUCCGCAGAUGCAGUGGUGGUCGCCUGUGAACUACUCGUUGCCAAAAAUAUGACAAUAUCAUUAACUGAAAGUGAAAAACGACAUUGCAUUCACAUUAUUUGUAUGUUGUCUCCAGAUGCCUGUAAUCGUAGCCAAAUAAGACGCUCGGGUGCCUUAAGAAAGCUCAUUGCAAUGGUUCGCGAUUCACAGUCAAAUACGGAAAAGUCUCAGAUCUUAUAUUUGUUAAAAAAAUUUCAAUAUGAUAACAUGAGCAUGGAUUCGAUGCUUAGAGAAGGUCUGGUACCAGUAAUUAUAGGCGAACUCAACAUCUUCUUGACCAUUGAUGAGGAAUAUUAUAAGAGGAAACGCGAAGAAAAACAGCAAAAUUUUAAGGAACGGAAGCUAUCGACAGAAGUUUGUGUGGAAUCCAAAAGCAAGACGAUUAAAGUGCAAGACAAGGCAUUCCUUAUUGAUUGUGAGUAUCCGAGCAGUUCACCACGUUUAUAUAAUACACCCUCAAGUUCUUGCAGCUCCCGGAGCAUGUCGCCAGUUGGCAACAAUUUGUUUAAACUAAAAGAAGAUGCUUCUGAUGAUGAAACGUAUUCACCCAUUUGCAGUGAUGAGGAGGAUGAUGAGGAUGGUCCCACUGAGAAAAAUAACGAAGGAAAUCCAGUUAAUGCUGAUACCGCCGACGACUCCAGCUUUCUUCUUCGUCAAAGUGCCAACAAUAGCACUGCCGAUAAUUCAGAGAUAAUCAGACUACUGGACAUUGCCUGCCAAGCCAAUGAGACAAUCGAAGACAAUGUGCUUGAUAAAGAAAAAGACGAUGAACAGAGUAAAGAUGUACUAUACCAAAAACUACCACAGCUGGGUAAUAUGCCUCGCAGUACCCUGGGUCACUUUGAAAAUUUACUUUUCCGCGUUACACUGCUCAUCAACAAACGAGGCGAGCUGGGCAAGUCUCAAACUAUGACUACGCUUAUCAAGGCCAUAAAUACAUUUAGCGCAAACAAAAACUUCGCAAGCCCAUUAACAAACAUCUUACAGGAGAGUCAGUUUUUCGCUCAGGUGAUUCGCAGUGGCAUAGCGCAUCAGCUCUAUCAAUGGACGAAAAGCGAAGAAGUGUAUUUAAAAUUAGACUUUUAAAAUUAAAAUACGUUUAAUAAUCCUACAUUAUGGUAAAAUAACCAACC